GAUGAUUAUGAUGGUGGUGUUGACGUGUGUCAGUGGGUGGUGUUUCGAUUAAAGCUUCACCCUCCAGGGGGAUGAACGUUGGAAAAUUAACUCUCCCCGUCUCUCCGAUCGGAAUAUUCGAUUACAGAAGUUAAUUUUGCCUUAUAAAUUGGAAUUUGUUUUGUUGAAAAUGCAAAUUAAAUGGGAAAACAUUUGUGGAAAUUGAUAUUUCUCUUCCGGACGCAACCGAAUCAAUUUUUAUUUUAAAUCGAUGCGCAAAAACAAUCGCCAGAGCGUGGUGGAAAAACUCAAUUAAAAUAGCAGAACAAAGAGACGAUGGACUGGGUAGAAGUUUAACACGCGGUGAGGAGUGACAAAUUGACGAUUUUUUCGAUCACUGUGCUUGUGUUUGUGCAAUGGAUGUGAAUUAACUCGAAGGACCGUUCGCCUGACCUGACCUCACCAGGAUUGAUAAAUGUUCGCAGUGCCAUCCAGAGCCCGGAUUUUACGGCCAGCUACGACGUGAGCGGGUCGGUCACACUGAAGUGGGCUAAAAAUAGUGCGCUCGCCAAGAACAACCGUUUUUAAACCACGAACCACUAAACUCAAACGAAAAUGUUCAAGCCACACCUAGAAAUGAUCGGCAGCUACGAGCCAAUCAGCAAGAAGGCUCGCUUCUUCAACACCUACCUAAAAUCUCUGAAGGGUUCCCAGGAUAUCGUCGCCAAGGAAAAGCGCAACUACAGCUCCACGAUCGAAACCUCCAGCAUCUACUCCGACUCGAAGUUCGCCGUUGAGCGCAUCCGUGCCCCCGGCUAUCACUACAACCCGGUCAGCAAGGAUACCUACGGUGUCACCCCGAGGAAAAUCAACGCACGCGACUUUGCCGUAAGUCGCUAAGACGGGUACGUCGAGUUCGGUGGUGCGUGCGUGGCUUGAACCUCGACCCGCUAGCAGCUUCGGAUCCGGACCAUUGAUCUAAGCGACAGCAGACUAUUUCAAGAGUUUUCGAAACAUACCAAUGACUUUAUUCGGCGACCUCCCUCAAAAACAACAACAUCAACAUCAACAAAGAUAAUGUCAACGACAAAAAAAGACGGACAUUGUUCACAAGCGGUUUAUCUCUCUUUAACUAGUUUUUCAAACAUUCGACUAAAAAGUAGCGAUUUUCGAAGAAAACUUUUGACAUGCUAAAUCCAUGAAUCGAUCAACUGUUCUAUAGACAAGAAAUCGAAAACACAAUAAAACACUUUCCAUCACACGAAAACAUCGUCUAAAGACUCCACCAAAGUGACCAGAAAAACGACAACAACAACAACAGAAGAAACGAUGACAGCAAACGUGGUAGCUCCUCUCCAAAAAGAACAACGUUUUUAUUAUGGCGACAACAACAUCUGAAAAGUUUACCAGGAAGACGCGCAGUAGAAAUAAUACUAAAAUAACUAAAAUCAGUAAAAAUAAAAAAAAAAUAAUAAAAUCAGAAUAACUAACCAAUCGUAAGUUAAGGUAGCUCUCAGAAAGAAAAGAUGUAAAAAAAACAGAGUUAAGUUAGUGGAAAACAUCAAAAACCAACAACUCACACAAAUAUGGAAGACAUAUAUAGGAACCUCUAUUUUUCUUUUCAUUUAUUUUACGUGUAACUAUUAGUGUUUUAUUUGUAAUCAAGGCUGUAACUGUAACAACAAAAACGGAAACGAGUUUAAUAAAAAGACCUAAAAAACGGCAAAAAUGCACCGAGUGGUGUUCUCUUGCGUCUCUA